ACGUGCACAAUGCUCAAACUUCCCUCUUUCUAGAAAACGAAGGAAUCGGAUUUCCGUUCAUUAAAUCCAUCUGAAAAUGGAACUUUCAGGUAAAGAAAAAUGAAUUUUCCCCAAAAUCCCAAGUAAUUGAAUUCCCUGUCACUUAACCCCACAAAAUCAAAUACCCUUAACAUUUACUCCUUUUCCUUUUUUCUUUUUUUUUUUUUCAAUACAAUUUCCCAGAUUUUCUCUCGUAUUCUUUGGGGGGAAGAAACCAAUUUUUUCUAUCAAAAUCCCACCGGAAAAAGUGAAAAUAAAAAUGUUCAAGAAACACGAUGAGCCGGUGGUCGGAGUUCCAUACUUUGUUGGGGUGAAUCCGUACCAAGCGAGCGUCAUAUAUGGUGAUCCAAAGGGUAUUCCGAUUCACCAAACAAUGUAUCGAGACACCCCAGCUCCUUUUAAUUGUCCUUAUUGUGGUAAUUCUGGACUCACCAUCGUCAGGUCUAAACCUAGCUUGGCAGCAUAUGUUGCUUGCAUGAUGCCCUUCAUGCUUGGAAUAUGCUUUCUUUGCCCAUCAAUGGACUGCCUGUGGCAUAAGUAUCAUUAUUGCCCGGCGUGCACCGAAAAGGUUGCUGAUUUUGAGAAACCAGAUCCAUGUGCAGUGGUGGAUAUGCCACAAUGGGUGCAAGAGAGUUUUGCUUUGCCUGCAUGAUAAGUCCCUACUAAAAUCAUUAUGAUAUAACUGUUUUAAUCAAUUUGUAUUCUGCUUUUUCUGGCAUUUUGCUAAAACAAAUCUUUUUGGCCAUACAAGGAUGUCCUAUUACGAAUGUUGUUUCCUGGUAAAUAGACUAAAAAGCUCUUCUCCAUAUGUUGUCAUA